CCUUUCAAGAGCGUAUGUUGCUGUAAAUUAGAAAUAAUAGAUCCGGAGCGCUCAGGAAAUCGAAAGAAAGUGCGCUAGAUUAAAAAGGGCAGCCAACAUUCCUGUCUCAACAAUAGUUCUUUUAAGAACAUGGACGAGAAAUGUCGGUCGCUACGGAAAUGAAACAAAAAACUAGAAAGAAAACUGCUAAACUUUGGAACGGCCUAACGACAUCAUAGCCGAAACCUUACCAAAGACAUGUGAAGUGAAUCGGGGGUUUCCAAAUAAAGUGUCAUAUCUUAAAGGCAUAUCUUAUUAGAACCUGACAAAACACAUAUCUCUUUAUUUUACGCUAGUCACCUUUUUGUGAUCGUAGUUAAUGAAACUAUUUUGCUCAAAAUUUAAAAUAAGGAUUUAAAUAAAAAAGCUAUUGAGUGGUGUCUCUAAGUCACUUAUAAAAGGAAAGAAAAGAAAUUCAAAUGAAAUAUUACACUAUGUUUUUCCUGAGAAGACGAACGCUAAUUUUGAAAGCUGUGCUAGUGUUAACAGCACUAUGGUUCAUGGUAGCAUUGUUGACUACUAAUGGAGGCACGAGGAAUGCACUAGGGGCUCCACCGAUUGAAUACGAUGAUCCAGAAGCUAAGCCAUUAAAAAUAGCCAAGCCAACUGCAACUAAAAAGAAAAGCGAGUCUUAUGGCAACAAUUUGUCAGACGCACGAACGCGGGUCGAUUGGAUUGGUCGGCUUUCUGGGAACGAAGGUCUAGGCGUUCUAGCUGCCCCGGGUUCGGACAACGCUCCCGGUGAACUUGGCAAACCGGUCGUCCUACCGAAGAACAUAAGCGAGGACGCGAAACAGGCUGUCUCAGAGGGAUGGAAAAAGAACGCUUUCAAUCAGUAUGUCAGCGACCUCAUAUCGAUUCGGAGGAAACUGCCAGACCCAAGGGACGAAUGGUGCAAGCAACCAGGUCGAUAUCUAGAAAACCUUCCUCAGACGUCAGUGGUAAUAUGCUUCCACAAUGAAGCGUGGUCAGUCCUUCUCAGGACUGUUCAUUCAGUUCUUGAUAGAUCACCCUCUCAUUUAAUCAAAGAAAUAAUCCUCGUCGACGAUUUUUCUGAUAUGCCACACUUGAUGCAACAAUUAGACGACUACAUGUCGUCUCUCCCCAAAGUAAGGAUAGUACGAGCGGCACGUCGCGAAGGUCUCAUUAGAGCCAGAUUGCUUGGAGCCCGGUAUGUUACCGCUCCAGUUCUCACUUAUCUGGAUAGUCACUGCGAGUGCACUGAGGGGUGGUUGGAACCGCUUUUAGACAGAAUCGCCAGAAAUAAAACGACAGUAGUGUGCCCUGUUAUCGAUGUUAUCGACGACAAUACAUUAGAAUACCACUACAGAGACUCGACAUCAGUUAAUGUCGGAGGGUUCGAUUGGAAUCUGCAGUUUAAUUGGCAUCCUGUACCGUCUAGGGAAAGAUCGAGACACCAACAUACGGCAGAGCCGGUGUGGUCUCCAACGAUGGCUGGUGGACUCUUUGCUAUCGACAAAGAAUUUUUCGAAAGACUAGGCACGUACGACAGCGGUUUUGAUAUAUGGGGUGGGGAAAAUCUAGAACUUUCCUUCAAGACGUGGAUGUGUGGCGGCACUUUAGAGAUAGUGCCAUGUUCUCACGUUGGGCAUAUAUUUAGAAAGCGAUCACCUUACAAAUGGCGAACUGGGGUCAAUGUCUUGAAGAAGAAUUCGGUCCGGUUGGCAGAGGUGUGGCUAGAUGACUACGCAAAGUACUACUAUCAGCGCGUAGGUAACGAUAAAGGGGAUUAUGGUGAUGUUGGCGGCAGAAAAGCGUUAAGGGAAAAACUUGGUUGCAAAUCCUUUGAAUGGUAUUUGAAGAACAUUUACCCAGAGCUUUUCAUUCCUGGAGAAUCAGUAGCUCACGGCGAGAUACGAAAUGUCGCCUUCCAAAAAAUAUGUUUGGAUUCCCCGACGCGCAAGUCAGACCAUCAUAAGCCCGUUGGACUGUAUCCGUGUCAUCGGCAGGGAGGAAAUCAGUAUUGGAUGUACUCGAAGAAUGGCGAGAUCCGACGCGAUGAGACAUGUCUCGACUAUUCGGGCCAUGACGUCGUGUUGUACCCUUGCCACGGGGCUAAAGGCAAUCAACUUUGGCUGUACGAUCCCAGCACAAAGCUGCUGAAGCAUGGCUCCAGUGAGAAAUGCAUGGCGAUAUCACGAAGUAAAGACAAAAUAGUGAUGGAGUCAUGUAACGACGGUGAAACCCGACAAAUGUGGAACAUGGAGAACUUCAACCCUGACAGACUGACACCGGAGCUAACGGCCGAGUAGCCAGAGGCCUAUGACGAACUUCUGUUCAUUUAAAAUGAGAAAAAGGACUCAUUUCAAACUUGUAAUUACGAAGUGACUGAAGUGUUGAACUUUUAUCACUUGUUUUAAACGCAACUUCGAGCAUAGAUUAACGUGAUACAAAAAAAUAUUGGAUUAAUGAGGCCAUUUUAUAUAAGGUUGUUAUAAAGAUUGAUAAAAUAGGUUUCAAUAUAAUAACGGCUUGAGUGUACGUAUUGAUAAAAUAGUUGUAGCCGCGAAUUCGUUAUUACAUGUUUUUGUCAUUGACCCCAUGUAUUUGGCCUAAAUCACUUUGACCUGGGAGUGAAUAUUUAAAAUUUUGUUAUUCAUUAAUUAGCCAAGUGUUACGCAAAUUUUAUUAUAUAUUUGAUGUAGUGGUUAACAUGUCUAAGACAUGUAUACUAUAAAAAGAGAUUUUUUUUUCGUGAAAACAAUGUUUAUUUCAUGUUGUAGAACAUUACUAUCAUUUUAAAAAUAUUUUUUUUAUUUUUAUGGUUACAUACUGAGAAAUUUACGUGUUGAAUUCGUUAUAUUUGUAUAACAUUGUCUAAUUGUGCUUUAAAUUUAUUUUAUUUGUGAUGAUAAUGUAUUUUCGUUAAUGGAAAUCCAAAAUUUUAUAUUUUAUUUAUUUCAUAGCUUUUUUUACAAAAUAGUAUUCUGUACAAAGUAUUAUAGGGUCGUGUAACGAGAAGUGACUAGAGUUCGAACUGUACAUAUCCAAUUCUUGUACUUAUCUACAGGUUCUUUAUAUCAUAUUAUGUAUAACUAUACAUAUAAAUUUCAAUGGCUGAAUAAUGUAGAUUUUACACAAGUAAUGUGAUUUACAUAAACUAAAUGUAUUAGUCAUUUCGACAUAGGUAGUAAAUUCGACUAGAGAAAUGUAUGUAAAUUUAUAAAUAGGGUUAUUUUAAUUUCUGUUUUAAUGCUAAAUGUUAAGUAAUGCUACUUUUUUCAUUUUUAAUUUAUCACUAGUAAUCUAAUAUUGUCUGAACUGUUUUUGUUUAUAUACUUCAAAAUAAUUUUAUUUUAUAACUCGACUGAAUCUUAAAUAUUCCAGGAGCGUUUUUCCGACUUCUUUUAAUUCGUUGGCAUAUUAAUGCAUGCAUUUACAUGUUUUUUCUGGUUUUAAAUUGAUCAUCAAUGGAUAUAUUUCACGAGGAAUAUAGUGGGAUGGUAUAAUUUAACAAGUUUAUUUACCCGUCAAUAGAAGUAUAUUCUAAGUUGCAUCCUGUACGUGUCUGAACGUCAAUUUUAUUAUUACGUUUUUGAUUUCAUGGUUUUGUUAUUUUUUUUCUGAGGUGUAAAUACAAUAAUCCAAUAUAACUAAUUAAACGAAAUUCAUCAAAAAAAUACAUUCCGUUUCGUGAGCCUGUUUAUUAUUACAGUUAAAGUUCUUAUUAUAUUGGUUUAUUCAAAUAAACAUUCCAGAAAUAAAAACUACAUUAUUUUCUAGCUUUAGGGUUUUGAAAACAAGAUAUAAAAAAUUAAUAAAUUAUCUGUUUUAUGGAUAUAUGUAUAGAAAACAUGGAGAUUCUCAAAUUUUGUUUUGUUGUAAACAACAACAGUUUGCAAACCACCUCAUACUGUAGUUAUUUCAAAUUGAUUUUGGAAUCAAUAAUGAUUUCCUUCCUAAGUAUAUUGUCGUUUAUUUUGACAGUAUUGCUUGCUUGGUUACUUUUGUGAAGGGUGUUAUGUUUUUAUCCACUUAAAUACUGCCAAUUAGUCUUCCCAAAGCAGACAUUCUUGAUUAUUUCAUGUAAAAUAUAACGCUUUAAUUACAUAAUAUUCAUAGUCCACUUCUUUAAUGUGACCUAAAUAUUUUACAUAAUUUGUUAUUUCAACUUUAACUGCAUAUUUUGCAGAUAUUUAUCGUUAGAUAUCACAAACCCUUUUUUUAAAUAACUAAUUAUUGAUUUUAACGUUUCGAAGAUGUUGAGUUCCUUUUACGUUAAAGUUUUUUGUAAAUAAAAUAUGACAUGUUUGCAUUUUGAUAUGUUUUGACUGGACUAUAUCCAGAGGCUAUUUCUCUAAUUUCAGCUUCUAUAGCGACAACUGAUUUGCAGUUUUUAGAAUCUUACAUAUUUAUUCGAUAUAAAAAUUUUGUAUUUGGGAAAUAUCUAUAAACUUAAUACUUGAAACUCAACUGAUGUUUGCAAAUUUCGAAAAGAAGAGUUUAUUGAUGGUUGUUAGAUAAUGGUCAUUUUGGUCAUGCCUCUCUUAACUAAAACUAAAUAUGAGUAAAGAAUGAAAAGGAGAAAAAUGCUGUCAAAUUCAGUCUUAAUUUAGAAGAGUCAUGGCAGAAUCAGAUCUUUUUAAAGGAGCUGAUAUUUGGGCGGGCGCUGUACAUAUUCUUACUUUACUGUAUGUGACGUAAGUAAAAUAAUCGUGUCUACAAGCAAUUAGGUUGUGCUAGCCAGCAAGCGUUUUUGCCUUCAUCAGACUCUCAAGUAUCUGGAUUAAAUUCUAAUGUAGCCUCAAUGACAACUUACAUCAAAUUAAACACCUAGCUGUAAAGUCGAUAAACUGUGUAAAAAUUUGUAGUUCAUAUCAACUUGAAGUAGGAUGUUAUAAAUGUGCCUUAUAUAAUUACAUAGGUUAUAAAUAUUACUAUUGAAUGUUCAAAUUUCUGUAUAUAAAGCGGUGUUUCCAUUGUAUUAUAAUAGUUUGACAGUGUAAUGUUUAGACGGCGAUAAUCUUUAGUAUUUGUAAAAUAAAGCAUUAUGUUGGAUUUAUA